CUCACUCAAUCCAACCAUAUUUACCUAGUAUCUUGGUCCAUUCGCUGUUCCAGCACAGAUCGCUUACAAUGGCCGACUCAAGCGACUCCCAGCCUGUCGCCCGCUCGACCAAGCUUGUCAGCGAGGCCUUGCUUAACGAGAAGUGGGAUCGUGCCAUCUCUUCCAUGAUUAUUCGCUCUUCCCUCGGCCUGUCGUUCGGUGUUGUCUUCUCAGUGCUCCUCUUCAAGCGGAGGGCAUGGCCCGCGUGGGUUGGUUUGGGUUUCGGUGCUGGACGUGCAUGGGAGGAGGCUGACGCCUCUUUCCGCAGGGGUGAUUCCCCGGUGAGAGACGCUCUGCGUAGGUAGACGGACUUUGGCAUGCAGUCUGAAUUUGUAUGAUACCUGUAUAGCUGCGCAGAUAACUGCCAUGGCAUGGUUUUUAAAGUUUAGAAGAAAUUCUAGACCUGUAUUUC